CUCCUCUCCGCACCAAACUCCGAUCAAAAGCAACUCAACUUCGAAUCGAUCUCCCACGCAAAAGCAGCUCCUCAAAACCCUGAAUUUGGCAGCAGGACGACGGCGACGAUGGAUUUCCGGCUCCCCGGCUUCGAUUCCCCGCUCUUCGCCACCCUCCACCACCUCAUGGACGUCCCGGACGAGGCCGACAAGUCCUUCAACGCCCCCACCCGCACCUACGUCCGCGACGCCCGGGCCAUGGCGGCCACCCCGGUCGACGUCAAGGAGUGCCCGGGAUCCUACGCCUUCAUCGUUGACAUGCCGGGGCUCAAGUCCGGGGACAUCAAGGUCCAGGUCGAGGACGACAACGUGCUGGUGAUCAGCGGCGAGAGGAAGCGCGAGGAGGAGAAGGAAGGGGCCAAGUACCUGCGGAUGGAGCGACGGGUCGGCAAGUUCAUGAGGAAGUUCGCGCUGCCGGAGAAUGCGAACACGGAGGCGGUCUCCGCGGCGUGCCGCGACGGGGUGCUGACGGUCACGGUGGAGAAGCUGCCCCCGCCGGAGCCGAAGAAGCCAAAGACAGUCGAGGUCAAGGUCGCCUGAAAGUGGCCUCGCGGAGCUGAGCUAUAGCGGUUCCGGUGAGCGAGUCUUAUGGGGAAUGAAGAAUAAUGAAAUGAUGGCGUAGUUUGCUCGAGUGUGUUUUCUUGUUUUUUGUUUCGGUUUCGGUUUCGGUUUCGGAGAUAUCGAAACUGGCGAGUGGAAUUGCAGUAUUUUGCAGGUUCUUGCGCAGGGUGCGAUGUUUAGUAGGCCAUGUGUUUGAUGUUUGGCUCGUGCUAAUAUGAAUGAAUCAGUCGAUGUGUUUGUGUA